AAUGAAACAUUUUUGGCAAUUACUUUGAAAACCCGAUUUGAGCAUAACCCGGAAACGAACCAAUGUUAUGCUAGCUAGUUGACUUCUACCUCCCUGACAGCAAAUAUUUGACACCCUUCAUUUUUUAGACAGUGCUUAGUCGAUAUAUUUUUUUAUGCUAAUAACACAACAUAAUUGUGCGAAGUCUGUCAAAAGGUUUGCACAAUACCGUGGCGUUCCCAGCGUGUCGCGAGGCUACGUCACUCUUCUCCAAAUAGACUUUUGUUAGCACACAGGCUAAGUGGUGAAUUUUCUGUUAAAUUGGGUGCAGGCAGGACGGAGACGACAUGUCCUGCAGCCUACUGGAGUUUUGUCGUCUUCAAGAGCUCAAGACGGUCAGGGACUAUUUGUCCCACGGUCAAACUGAGCCAGCGGAAAAGAAUCAAACAGCAGAAAAUGAACUAGCAUGGGACACCAGUGACUGGGAAACGGCAUGGGAAAGUGACAAGAGCAAAGAGCAAGAAGCACCAUCGGUAGUGGAAGCCAAGGAGCCCAGUGGACCCUGGCUGCAGGACUGUGUCGUAUCCCUGUCACCCUGCUCGGACCUGCUUGUGGUGGCCCAAGAACAAAAGGCUGUCUUUCUCUCAGCUAAAUGGCAAACAGAUGAUAGUGGCAAAGAAGAGAUGACCCUGGCGGUGUCUUGGAGUGGAAUACUCAGCACUGAAGAAGGAGAAUGUGUGAGCAGCACCAUCUGUAUACCACUGGCAAGCCAGAAAAGGAGCUCCACUGGGCGACCCGACUGGACAUGUGUUGUUGUGGGUUUCACUUCUGGCUAUGUCCGCUUUUACACAGAGAGUGGGGUUUUGCUCCUGGCCCAAUUGCUUCAUGAGGACCCAGUUAUAAGGCUGAAGUGUCGCACAUAUGAGAUCCCUCGCCAUCCUGGUGUAACUGAGCAGCAUGAAGAGUUAAGCAUCCUCUACCCUGCUGCACUGGUCACUAUUGAUGGUUUCAGCCUCUUCCAGUCCCUUCGUGCUUGCCGGAAUCAGGUGGCUAGAGCGGCAGCUGCAGGUAGUGAAAUGAUUCAGCCCCCUCCUCUGGCCUAUAAGAAGUGGGCUCUCCAAGAUAUGGACAAUAUUGUAGACCACUGUAGUGUGGGUGUGAUGACACUAAAUGUGUUUGAUCAAAUGAAAAAUGCCUCAGUCUUGGGGGGUUUCAACGCUUCAGUCAAAGGCAGCCCUCCUGCCAUGAGCCAGUAUGUCACUGUGGGAGGGGGCCCUUACACUGGCUUUUACUAUGCAGUAGAGGGAAGCACCCAGCCUCUUCUCUCUCAUGUGGCUCUCGCUGUGGCAAGCAAACUUACAUCAGCCCUCUUCAGUGCUGCCAGUGGAUGGCUAGGAUGGAACAAGAAUAAGAAUGAGGUUGAGAGUGCCCAGAAACACAGGCCCAAAGUUGAACCUGCAACACCACUGGGGAUUAGAUUUGGGCUUCCAGACUCUCGUCGCCAUGGCGAGUCAAUUUGCCUGUCCCCUUGUAACACGUUGGCUGGAGUAACUGAUGACUUUGGUCGAGUCACACUGCUGGAUCUCAACAGAGGGAUUGCAGUUCGCAUGUGGAAAGGUUACAGAGAUGCCCAGCUAGGUUGGCUGCAUGUUCCAGAGGAGCAAGUCGGUCGGGAAAGUUCCCCUUCAGCUUCCCGACCCAGACGCCAUGCGCUGUUCUUGGUUAUUUAUGCCCCCCGCAGAGGGAUACUGGAGAUAUGGGCGAUGCAAUAUGGGCCUCGAGUAGGUGCAUUCACUGUUGGGAAACACUGCAGGUUGUUGUAUGCUGGUUACCGUCUUUUAGGAGUGAACAGUGUAACCAGUCAGGGCUGGAAAAUCCAUACCCAUCAAGUGUGUUUGCUGGAUCCCAUCACAGAAGCCCUUAGGACAGUGAAUGUCCCUUUCCACCUGGCCCUCAGCGACAAGAAGAGUGAAGGAGCCAAAGAUAUGCAUUUGUUGAAGAAACUGACAACAAUGCUCAAGAGUGGUGAUAUGGAGCCUGAUAUUUUGGAGAGUGAGGUCAAAGCUUUGCUGCUGGACAUCAAAAACUCUUCCAUUCAAAAACAGGCUUUGGAGUCUUUGCUGUCCAACAAGAACGUCCCUGUCUUGUGUCUUACGAACAUCAUACGCGCCUUACUCAAUGCUCUGCAGCAGCAAGAUGCUAAACUAGAGGAUACAGUGUUAUUGCAGCUCUGCUCCUCCCAACUGGAACUACUUCAGCUCUACACUGAUAUCCACCACGUGAGCACUGCUGCUGCCUUUGAGGGGGACUCCGAAGCUCUGGACACCCUUGAAGGCAUUGAGGGUGAAUUGUCACGUUUGAAUCCCACCUUACAACGUUACAUCAAGUUCAACUCGAGGCCGAGCGUUUCUUUUGUUCAAGAUGCACCAGACGCACCUCUGCCUGUACAGGCCUUUCUAUUGCAGAUUGAAUGCGCAGAGGAUGGGCAGUUGAAGCUUAUCCAACGUUCUGAAGCAGAAUGGACCCAGUUAGGGAGCUUCGUGUUCUGGGGGUGCCUGUGUGGGAAAAGUCCACCACAUAAAAUCUGUGAUAAAUUGCAACAGGCUGGCAUCAAUCCACCACAGUUACUAUCUCUAUUGCUAGGUGUAUGCUUACAACGAGAAAAGGAGAUGAUCCAGAAUCCGACGGAAUGUUUUAAAAACCUUUACGCGCUAUUGGUACUCCUCAGCAACAUGGAAGGUGCCAUAGAAGAGACAUGGGACUCUCAAUCGGUCUCACCAUGGUGGCAGCAGGCCCGCAACAUAUUGGUACAGUCACACAACUCUGCAGCAGCUCUGCUGGCUGCUCUAGUUGCUCAUCGUGCCGCUAAAGCCAGCAUAAACAGCAGGGCAGACAGCAAGCUGCAGUCAGAGUGGGAAGCAGUAUCUUUGGAGUUGGAGCAUUGGGUGGUGUGUGUUCGCCAGCUGGAGGAUGUUCUAGUGCUGCAGACACUACUCUUGAUGACGCCAAUAGCCGGAUCAGUAGGAGGCCCUGCUGUGCCAUGUUCUGUGAAAACAUUGUUGGAAGGAGGCUCAGGUGGCAUCACUGACAAUGUCUCCAAGUGGGUGUUCAGGCACAACCUGGCACCGGAGCAACUAAAAGAAAUCUUUCAGAAAAUGGAGGAUAAAGAGGAGGGGGCAGGUGACGAAGUGUCAAAUAUUUUAGAGAAUACAGAUGAAACAGCAGAGCUGUUGGUAGCUGUGUGCAAGCGUUUCCCGCACUCCCUCUCCCCAAAUUUGCUCUUCGCACAUUGCUGCUGGGAGUAUGUGGUGCAGUGGAACAAAGACCCAGAGGAGGGUGCACACUUGUGCCAGGCCAUGGAACAUCUGAAGCUGGUCUCUAGUCCACAUAUACAACUAGGUAUUUGCACCAUGAUGUGGAGUACUUUUAUUGUUAAACGUUUCUCUGCUGCAGCCUUUCUCAUUGAGAAGGUAGGCAAAGCUCCCAAAGAUCGCCUGUGCCGACGGGAUGUAGGAAUGGGAGACAAAGCUUUAACAUCCUUUCUAGGAUGCUGUGUCCAGCUGCUUCAGAUCCUCAUGGAGGUGACUGGACUCUUGGUUAAAAAUCAGUGUCCGUUGUCUUUUGUCAACUACUGUGCAGACGCCGCAGUGGCUGAAGUUCCUCCCCCAAAGCUGUCUGUGGAAGAGGUCUGGUGCGGAGCCGAGGGCCCGGCCUCAAUAGCUGAACUGGCCAUGGAGCAGAAAGGCGUUCACUAUCCCCUGGUGCAACACCAUUGUCUGUUAGCCACCCUGUUACACGCUGCCUUGACCUUUACACUGAAGGUCAAACCUCUCAGCCUGUUUGACAGCAAGGGUAAGAAUGCUUUCUUCCGAGACCUGACCACCAUUCAGCUAAUGCCAAGUGGUGACAUGGAUCCAGGACUGGUCCUAUUAAGACAAGAGUUUCUUCUGCGGGUGCUAACCGCCUGGGUACAGCAUAUUGACGACACGUCCGUCCCUCGGACGCUGCCGCCCACAAGUGGCCCGCGGGCCGACUGGUGGCCCUCGCUGUGUAUGGAUCUCGGCGGCCCGCUACAGGUCAACCCCGACAUCCUGCGACGACACCUGGUGUGUCAGCUCUACAGCCAGGGCCUGGACCAGCGCGCGGAGGAGGUGAUGUUAGAGGUUGAAGACAAAGACGUGUUGGGCUCUCAGCUACUGAUGAUCACGGGCCAAAGGUUGAGCUACUCACUGCUGCACGUGCAGAACCAGACGCAGCCUGCUAUGGAGCUACUUGCCCGCCUGCCCCCCACCCUCUGCACGUGGCUAAAGGCUAUGGACCCCAGUGAGCUGCAGUGCCCCUUGGUGCCCUUGCCUCAGACUAGCAAGCUGGUGGGCCACUUGAUCGAGAUGCUUCCAGAAAACCACGCCCAGUACAGCCUGGCAUUGCACCUGUUGGAGGCAGUGGAUGCCUUGACCAUGGAGGAGUGACUCAACAAACGUUCAUCCAGAACAUUAUGGGGUCCUUAAACAAAUGCAUUGAUAUAAAAUGGGAUAUGCUCCUUACUUUUGUCAUGCAGUCCAUGUUUUUAUUCAAAUUAUGUUCAUAGAUCUACCUGUUAAUUUUUGAUAUCCCAUAUUUUUCUAUGUAGCAUUUAUCAGUUGUGGAUUAUUUGAAUUUGAUUCUAAUCUUUAAUCAAAAAAGUAUGAUGAAGAAAAAUACCUUGUUCAAUAUUGUACAUACAGUAUAUGCAAGCGCUUGUGUACUCACAGUGCCCGUAAGCUUUUUAUUCUGUACAGUAGUCCCAUGUCCUGAUGCUACCAAUGGACAGAAUAAAGAGAUGACCUAACAUGUAUGCGAAAUUGAUGCUCAUCAGUAUAAACCCUUUCAUGUAUAGAUUAGGAUUUAUUUUUAUUAACUUUUACAUAACACUCAUUUAACUAGUUGGUUGCCAUUGUUGGCACUGGCCGUCCAUUUCAACUAGGAGGGGCGGAUGAACAAUUGUUGAUUCCCCCCUUCCAGUUUAGUGCUGUCAAUGGUUCAAACG